GGACUUCGGACAGAUCUGCUGAAACUUUCAGAUCGGACUCGGCAAGCAGCGAUGUCGGAGUUGGAGGAAGAGACACAAAGUGGAGGCGGACAGAGUGACUACAGGAAGGAGAAGGACCCGAGCUGGAUCCCGAAGGUCAUUAACAAGCGUGUGUGCACCACUUUUGUUGAAGACUCUGUCAGUCAUGGAGCAUUGUGUCAGUGUGGUGGAGCACGCCAGCUUCAUCAGUACUUUGACUCAGGAGAUGCCCCCAGAGACGCCAUUGCCAUCUCGCGAUGGAACAGCAGGCAGCACAUAACAGAAACUCCCACUGAUGCCUUUGGAGAGCUGGUGUUUGCUGGUGCAGGAUGCAGACACAGCCACUUUGUGCGGCUGUCGAGUGAUACCCCACCUCAGAUCAUCUACACCCUGAUGACCUCACACUGGGGACUGCCACCGCCAAACAUGGUGGUAUCUGUGGUGGGGGGCGAAGGCAGCGACAAGAUCAAAACCUGGGUCAAAGAUGUUCUAAGAAACGGGCUGGUGAGGGCAGCACAGAGGACAGGAGCUUGGAUCUUGACCGGGGGUCUGAGAGAGGGUGUGGCCCGCUGUGUUGGUGAAGCGGUGCGUGACUAUGAGGCUGCAGCAUCAACAGUGUCCCAGAAAAAAGUGAUAGCUGUUGGCGUGGCACCGUGGGGCAUUGUGCACAACCGGCAUCAGCUUGUCAAUGCACAGGGAUGUUUUCCCGCUCGUUACACAUCCACUGACUCCUGUUGCUUGGACAGUAACUACCAGGCUUUUCUUUUGGUGGAUGACGGGAGUACCGGACGGCGAGGAGGGGAGACUGCUGUUCUUGCUCGCCUGGAAAGUUUCAUUUCCCAGCAGCGUACUGGCAUUUGGGGUAGUGGCAGUAUUGAAAUCCCAGUGUUGUGCAUGCUCGUGUCAGGAGAAGCCAGCAUGCUGAAGAGAUUAGAUGUGUCUCUUAGGAGCUCCAUACCCUGGCUGGUGGUUGCUGGGUCUGGUCCCACUGCAGACUUGAUCAAGGAGUUGCUGGAUGAUGAUUCCACUUUUCCGUCAGAAGAGGCCAGGGCACCUGAGAGCCUCAGUGUCCGUAGCAGGAUCCGUCAGAAAAUUCUCAGGUUCUUCCCCUCUGAAACUGAAGUGGAGAAAAUGGUCAACAGUGUGCUGGGUAUUUGUCAGAACAGAGAGCUGAUCACGGUUUUCCACAGUGAGCAGGACAGUCCGGAUGACUUUGACACGGUUCUCCUCAGAGCCCUGGUUCGAGCUAGUAAGUGCGUAUCCAGUAAAGCCAGCGAGUACACUGAGGAGCUGAAGCUGGCCGUGGCUUUGAAUCGUGUGGACAUCGCGAAGACAGAGCUCUUCAACAGAGACAUUCAAUGGAAGUAUGAGGACUUGGAAGACUCCAUGACAGACGCUCUGAUCAAUGACAAGCCCCAGUUUGUGCGGCUCUUCUGUGAGAAUGGCCUGAACAUCCUGGACUACCUGACGUAUGACCGCUUGGAGAGCUUGUAUCGCUCACUGCUCGACAGCUCGCUGCCCUACACUCUGCUCCAGAGGUACCUGAGUGAGAGGCUGGACCUGGCUGGAUCCCUGGACAACCUGAAUGAAAUUGGAUCAAGACCAGUACCUUUGACCACUCCCCAGAGUCGAAUUGCCAGCUCCCCCUCAGCACACCAGCUGAGCUUGUAUGAGGUAUCCCGUUUGCUGUCGGAUCUUUUGGGUGAUGAGUGUGAACCCUUCUACUACCAACCCCUCAACCUCGAUCACAGCAUCAGCACGAGGAGGGCGCUCAAACAAGUGAAUAAGAUGCUCCAUGGACAGUGUCCUUAUCGAGAUCAGUGUUGUCUCUCACCUUGGCCCUCUCUCUUCAUUUGGGCCGUCCUGCAGAACCGCAGGGACAUGGCCCUUUACUUCUGGGAGAUGGCGGAGGAGUCAGUGCUGAGUGCGCUGAGCGGAUGUAAGAUGCUGAGGGAGAUGUCAAAGCUGGAGGAGGAGACUGAGAGCAAGGUGGCAUUGAAGGAGCUGGCCCAGACGUUCGAAAACCUGGCACACGAUGUGUUCAGUGAGUGUUACCAGAACAACGAGAGUCGCUCCUUCAUGCUCCUCACACGCAAAUCUUUAGUGUGGGGUGGGGCUACGUGCCUACAGAUGGCGACUGCAGCUGAUGCACGCCUCUUCUUCAGCCAUGAUGGCGUUCAGUCUCUGCUUUCUCAGAUCUGGUGGGGCGACAUGGAGAGGAGCACCGCGGUCUGGAAGCUGCUUCUGACUUUCUUCUUGCCUCUCUUCAUCUACACAGAACUCAUCGGGUUCAGGAAACCUGAAGAGGAGGUGAAGCCCGUACAGGUCGGCAUUGGUUGGGACAAUAAUGCCACCAUCUUCCCCGACUUGGAUGUCAAUGAGGAGGACAUGGAGGAGUCCAGGUCUGUGACAGAACACCUGAAAGACACUUUACCCUCCAAGCCCAAGCGACCGUUUGUGGUGGCGCGGUGGAAGCAGUUCUGGAACGCACCGGUCACCUGCUUCCUGGGCAACGUGCUGAUGUACUUCGUCUUCCUCUGCCUCUUUGCCUACAUUUUGUUGGUGGACUUCAAGCCUCCACCCCCGGACGGACCAGCCACUCUGGAGUUUUUGCUGUACUUUUGGGUUUUCACCUUAGUGUGUGAAGAGAUCCGUCAGUCCUUUUUUUUGGGGACCACCGCCGUCUUCCAGAAGAUGAAGACCUACAUCCAGGACAUGUGGAACAAAUGCGACCUGAUCGCCAUCAGUCUCUUUGCUCUGGGUCUGUGCUGCAGAAUGUUUCCUUGGACGUAUGAGUUUGGUCGAGCUGUGAUGGCCAUUGACUUUAUGGUCUUCACCCUACGACUCAUCCAUAUCUUUGCGAUUCACAAACAGCUGGGGCCCAAGAUAAUCAUUGUUGGCAAAAUGAUGAAGGAUGCAUUCUUCUUCCUCGUCAUUCUGGCUGUGUGGGUCAUGGCCUAUGGAGUGGCCACUCAGGCACUGCUCUACCCGUACGACCCCCGUCCUGAUUGGAUCUUCCGUAGAGUGUUCUACAGGCCGUACCUCUACAUUUUUGGGCAAAUCCACUUAAAUGAAAUAGACGCUGAUGUACUGGAGGAAGUAAAAUGUACGAACAACGCCACACUGAUUGAGGGAGGUGCUGAGCCCUGUUUGUCCAUUUAUGCCAACUGGCUAGUUAUGGUCCUUCUGGUCAUCAAUCUGUUGGUUACAAACAUACUGCUGGUCAACCUGCUCAUCGCCAUGUUCAGCUAUACCUUCUCCAUAGUACAAGAACAUAGUGACACCUACUGGAAAUUCCAGCGCUAUAACGUGAUCGUGGAGUACCACUCAAGGCCCAGCCUAGCUCCACCCUUCAUCAUCAUCUCACACCUUCAUCUGUUCAUCAAACGAUAUGUCCACCACAUCCCGUCAGUCAAGAGUAAAGACUUUGUUAAGGAGCUGCAGGGCCAAAAAGCCAGUCGCAUGAAUAUAUGGGAGGCUAUCCAAAAAGAAAAUCUGCUCUCAGCUCAGAAGAAAGUACAGAGGGAGAGCGACACAGCAAGACUGAAACACACUUCUGUCAAAGUUGACAGCAUGUUGAAGCAGAUGUCGGAGAUCUGUGACCACGAGCAGCGGCUGCGUGUGCUGGAGACUGAGCUGGAGUACUGCUGCAGUGCCCUCUCCUGGAUGGUGGACGCCAUGUCUCAGAGUAACCUGAUAAAGACUGACCGCAGCCCUCCGUUACUCAGAGAUUUGAGACCACUGUCUUCCUCCUAACUCCCAGACCUUCAGGAUCACACACACACACACACACACACACACACACACACACACACACACACACACACACACACACACACAUUUCACACCACUGUACCAACAAGCACCAUGCUUUCUAUU